UGACCCAACUGUUUUGUUGUUACUUACUGUUUUUUUUAGAUUUGUAAUUAUGUUUAGUGUAGAAAAUAGUUGGGAAUGUGACAAUGGGCAAAGUAAAUUAAAUGCUAAACUAUUUAGUGGUAAUUAUAUUUGUACAAGUAAUAAAAAAGAUAAUGAAGCUUCUAUUGUGCCAUCAAUCAAAACUAAGCGGUUAAAGAAUAAAAGAAAGCGCGAUGCUAAUGAAACAGUGCUACCCAAAUCAAAAAAUGAAAAAAAAAAGAAGAAAAGCAAUUCAAUAGAUAUUAAAAAUAAAAAAGAAGACAAUACCUCAUGUAGUAAAAAUCUUGAAAGUAUUCGAAAUGUAGAAAUUAAAGUCACUGAUUACAAGAAUAUGAAUGUUGAAAAAAAGGAGGGAAAAAUUGUAAAGAUAAACGUCCAAAAUGAGGGAAAAAUUGUAAAAAAAAACGACCAAAAGGAGGGAAAAGUUGUAAAGCUAAAUGACCAUAAUCUAGCAAAAAUAUUAAAUGAAGCUGAUCAAAGUUAUGUGAAAAUUAAUACUUCAUUAGUUAAAAUAAAGGAGAUAAAAAAAGAGAAAAGAAAAUUAUCAAAAAAAAUUAACAAAUCCGAAAAAAAGCUGGAGAAUGUCACAAACAAAGAUCAUAUCUCUCAAAAACAAAAAGCAUCUAAAAAAGAUAGUAUAAAUAUUAGUAAAUUAGUAAAAAGUGAUAACCUUUCAAUGAAUGAAUCAAAAGAAAAAGUCUGUGAAAUGGAUCCAUUUGUAAGCACUUUAAAGACUACUCCAAAAUAUAAUAAGUUUCAAGCAAAAUUGAAUCGCAAGCUUGACGGGGGGCACUUUCGAUGGAUAAAUGAGCAAUUGUAUACAAAUCAUAGUUCAAGUGCUGUAAAGUUGUUUAAAUCCAAUUGCCAGUUAUUUGACUUAUAUCACAAAGGAUUUUCUUCACAGGUUAAGCAGUGGCCACAGAAUCCAGUUGAUCUAAUGAUAAAAUACAUUUUAGAAAGAGAUAAAGAUCUGAUAGUAUGUGAUUUUGGAUGUGGUGACGCAAAGAUAGCUGCUUCAGUGCCAAAUGUUGUUCACUCUUUUGACCUUGUUGCAGUGAAUAACAGAGUUGUAGCCUGUGAUAUGAAAAAGGUUCCUCUCAAAAAUGAAACCAUUGAUAUUGCUAUAUUCUGUUUGUCAUUGAUGGGAACCAAUUUGGAGGACUUCAUUCUUGAAGCGCAUCGUGUUCUAAAAUAUGGAGGAAUCCUAAAAAUUGCUGAAGUAAAAAGUCGAUGCGAAAAUAUUGAUUUAUUUGCAGAGAAUAUUUGUGCUGCUGGAUUUAAGUUGAUAUCAAAGAGGUAUCAAAAAGAGUCAAUGAAACGAGAAAAACUGCAAAUAGAACUAAACAAGGUUUCCAAUGAAAUCGAGAAGCUUAAAAGAAAAAUAGAGUCAACAAUGUUGAGUAAUGCCAAUUUAAAAAAGCGCUUAGAAAACGAAACUGAAAUAAAGUUGCUAUUGGUUGACGAAAUAAUGAAAGAAAACAGCCGGUUUAAUAAAAUGUCAGCAGAAAAUAAAAUUGCUUGGUUAAAUAAAAUAAAAAAAUCAUCUAAA